AUGGCGAUCCCCCCCUGCUUGGCUGUGUCUCCGUCUCAGGCGCGCUUUCCUCAUCGUACCGAUUGUUUCACAGAAGGCCUCGUGCUGAAUGGCAGCGAGGUCUUGGAGUCAUGCGGCCUCACCGGCAAGUCCGUCUUGAGGCGCUAUGACCUGUCGAGUGGCCAGACCAAGAAGGAGGUGCAUCUGGAUGCAAAGUAUUUUGGCGAGGGCACAGUUGAGCUGGGCAGCUCGUUGUUCGUGUUGACUUACAAGCACAAAGAGAUGCUUGAGUAUGAUCGCGAGACACUCAAAGUCAAGAGGGUCCACCCCUUUCCCUACGGGGAGGGCUGGGGCCUCACCACAGAUGGCUGUGAUUUGCUUGCAACCACCGGCUCCCCAUACCUGUAUCGAUUACGCAGGGCUGCGGAUGGGGAAUUUACACUGGUGAACAAGGUCCUAGUGAAGCGCGACGGCAGAAGCCUGCGCAUGCUCAACGAGAUUGAGUAUGUCACGCCGAAGCUCUGGGUGAAUGAGUGGAUCACAAACCGGAUUUGGAGGGUAGAUCCCAUCUCGGGUGUAUGUGAGACGUAUAUCGACAUCGGACAGCUUCACAGCUGGCGAGGGCAGGCGACACCCAACGGCAUCGCAUAUUCUCCAGCCUUUGGGAAGGAGAUCCUUCUGGUCACUGGCAAGCUAUGGCCACAGAUCUUUUCUUUGCGUAUGACUGCUGCGAACCUCUGUGGUGACCAGCCGCUGGAUUUGCAUUGCGCACAGGCACCGCCAUCAGCGUGCUAUGAACCGGCGCCAACGGCCAUGGCAUCCACGGCGGCCGCGGUGGUUUCCACAACGGCGAAGAUCGCUGAGACUCCAGCCUUUACCACGCCGGCGCUUUCCACGAGGAUGACCCCGACCGUGCAGCCGGAAAAGACCUCGACUUCCAAGACUGGCUUCUUCAGCUUCUUCAGUGCGACUCCAGCACCCAUGACCGCGAUGCCCAAGCUCCCCUCUGGCUUCAGCACUGCCUUGAGCCUUUUGGGUGCUUUGAUGUUUGUCUCUGCUUUCGCAUCCGGCCUGUUGCUCCGCUACAUGCGGCGACGUCAGCGAGACACGCUGCAUCGUCAGGUGGAGUCCGAAUCCGACGGAGGAUGA